UGAGUUGAUUUGUGAUUGAGGAACCUUUGGAGGGAAAAAAAAAAGAAGAAGAAGAAGAUUUGUGAUUGAGGCAUAUAAAAUGGGCCCAUCGGUUCCUCCUGGACAUCACAGGUUUCUCUCCCUCCCUUCCGAUUUCCGACGGCUCUCUCCAAUGGCCUCCUCUUUCUCCCUCUACUCCACACUCUCCCCCAAACACGAUUCUCUCUUUCCCCGCCCCGCCGCCCGGAAUUCUUUCACCGUCGUCUGUUCCUCCGCCACCUCCGACCCCGCUUCCUCCCCUCUCCUCCACUCAUCUCCGCCCAUCCGCCUCAACGGCCACCAGCUCGCCGGUGCAAACACCCUAGACCAAGCUCGUCCGCGUCGCUCCAUUGUCGGCGACGGCGACCGUAAUUUCUCGGCCAAGUACGUGCCGUUUGGUUCUGGCUUUGAUUCCCCCGAGUGGUACUCGCUCGACGACAUUGUUUAUCGGAGCCGCUCCGGCGGGCUUCUCGAUGUUCAGCACGACAUGGAAGCUUUGAAGAACUUCGACGGAGCGUAUUGGCGAAACCUCUUCGAUUCGCGCGUGGGGAAGACAACUUGGCCAUAUGGCUCCGGCGUGUGGAGCAAGAAGGAGUGGGUGCUGCCGGAGAUUGAUUCCGACGACAUCGUCAGCGCCUUCGAGGGAAAUUCGAAUCUCUUCUGGGCAGAGCGUUUUGGCAAACAGUUUCUAGGUAUGAAUGACGUGUGGGUCAAACACUGUGGAAUUAGUCACACAGGCAGUUUCAAAGACCUUGGAAUGACCGUUUUGGUCAGCCAAGUCAAUCGUUUGAGGAAAAUGAACCGUCCAGUCAUUGGUGUUGGCUGUGCCUCAACUGGGGACACCUCCGCCGCGCUAUCUGCCUAUUGUGCCGCUGCAGGAAUUCCAUCGAUUGUCUUCCUCCCGACCGAUAAGAUUUCUAUCGCACAGUUAGUGCAACCAAUUGCAAAUGGCGCUUUUGUCUUAAGCAUGGACACCGAUUUUGACGGUUGCAUGAAAUUAAUCCGAGAAGUCACAGCAGAGCUUCCAAUUUACCUAGCAAAUUCACUCAACAGUUUAAGAUUGGAAGGGCAAAAGACAGCGGCCAUUGAAAUUCUUCAGCAGUUUGAUUGGGAAGUCCCCGAUUGGGUUAUCAUACCAGGGGGCAACUUAGGGAAUAUAUACGCAUUUUACAAAGGAUUUAAAAUGUGCCAAGAAUUAGGGCUCGUCGACAAAAUUCCGAGGCUGGUUUGUGCUCAAGCGGCAAACGCAAAUCCGCUUUACUUAUAUUACAAAUCUGGCUGGAAAGAAUUUACGCCAUUGAAGGCGAGCACGACGUUUGCAUCUGCAAUUCAGAUUGGAGAUCCAGUUUCCAUAGACAGAGCUGUGUUUGCUCUGAAGAACUCCGAUGGGAUUGUGGAAGAAGCGACCGAGGAGGAAUUAAUGGAUGCCACAGCUUUGGCUGAUUCGACGGGGAUGUUCAUUUGCCCGCACACAGGGGUCGCACUAACAGCUCUGAUCAAGCUCAGAAACAGAGACGUCAUCAGAGCUAAUGAUAGAACGGUGGUGGUAAGCACAGCCCAUGGCCUGAAAUUCACUCAAUCCAAGAUCGAUUACCACUCCAGAGCAAUCCCGAGCAUGGAUUGCCGGUUUGCGAACCCACCAGUGGAAGUGAAAGCGGAUUUUGGAGCGGUUAUGGAUGUUCUUAAGGAUCAUAUAUUGAGGAGGAGUCGUAAGUCUCAGUUAUAUGCGAAUUUUUCUUUUUCUGAAAGUCAGUAAUAUGCCGUCGGGCUUCAUCUUCAAGCGGCAGACGUUCUGUUUUUUGUCUGUAAAAAUUUAUUUUGCUCUCCUACUUGAAGUUGUGGAAUGUUUGUGAUGAAGGGACAGAAUCCCACUAAUGCUAUCCCACUUAUGCUAUCUCUAAAGUUUUUGUGAAUACUAUUUUACUUUGUGGUAGAAUUAAAUUCAAUUGGAAAAUUCGACCAUAAUUGACAUGAAGAUGUCGAGAUGGUAGUAGAAAUUAGAAGGGUUUUUUUGUGG